AUGGAUAAUCAUCAUCAUCAUCGAACCCUAGAAAUCAAUGUUAGAUCAGCCAAACACCUAAGCAAUGUUAAUUACAUUUCCAAAAUGGACGUUUAUGCAGUUGUCUUCAUCUCCGGCGAUUCCAAAUCAUCGGAAAAGUUCAAGACUACUAUAGACAGAGCCGGCGGGACCAAUCCAUCUUGGAAUUUCCCGAUUCAAUUCUCAAUCGACGAAUCUGCGGCAAGACAGAACCGAUUAACCCUUGUUAUCAAUCUCCGAUGCCAUCGCUUCCUCUGCGACAAGAACAUCGGAGAAAUACGAGUUCCGAUCAAGGAUUUACUCGCCCCCGCCGCCGCCGGCGUAAACAGACCCCAAUUCGUCACUUACCAGGUAAGAAAACCAUCGGGAAGUCCCCGCGGCGGCGAGCUUCUUUUCUCGUACAAAUGGGCUGACAAACGCAUUGCGGCGAAGGUUGAGGAGCCGGUGACGGCGUAUCCCAUUGCUUGUUCCGGUUCCGGCGUAUAUUGUCCUGUAAUUCCGAAGGCCGACCCGUAUUCGGCGGCGGGUAGCUUGUACCCGAAGGUUGAACCGUAUAUAUAUCAACUGUUAUUUAAUGCGACUAAUAUGACAAACCUACGUAUUUGA